UUCACAUAUAUUUUAGUUUCAGAUAGAGUUGAAUAGAAAAAGUUGAAAAUUAAGUUUUAUUCUUGGGCUGUAAAGGAAACAGACCUAAUCGAGUGACUUUCAAAUUUCCGACGAUAUGGAUGAUAAAGCAGCAGCGCCCACUGCCGACGCUGCAACCGAAACAGAGGCCGGUAAUGAAAUUUCAUCAGCGCUAGAUCACACAACGGUCACAUUGGAGCCAUUGCCGACCACAUCAAAGUCGACAAUUGCCGAAACAGAUGAGGCAGAGAGGCGCACGGCGGCAGCUGCUGCAGCAACAGCGAGAGAUUCGUUCAACGUGGACACGGAACGGUGCUGUUGGAUUUGCUUUGCGACGGACGAGGACAAUCGCUUGGCGGCCUGGGUGCAGCCCUGCCAGUGUCGUGGCACAACAAAGUGGGUUCAUCAGAGCUGCCUGUAUCGCUGGAUCGAUGAGAAGACACAGAAGGGUAAUGCGCUUCGCUCUGUAUCCUGCCCGCAAUGUCAAACGGAAUACAUCAUUGUAUUCCCACAAAUGGGCAAACUGGGUGGUGCCUUAGAAGCCAUGGACAAUCUGGUCAAGCGUCUGAGUCCGUUUCUGGCGGCGGGCUUUUUUGUCGGUUCGCUGUACUGGACAGCGGUGACUUAUGGCGCUGUGACCUUCCUCCAGAUUGUUGGUCACGAGCAUGGCAUGUCUAUAAUGGAAUCCGGUGAUCCGCUCAUACUACUAAUUGGCCUACCUGCCAUACCAGUUGGCCUGGUACUUGGUCGGCUAAUUCGUUGGGAAGACGCCCUGUUGCGUUUGAUACGCAAUCGCGGCACCGUCAUGCGCAAGUUUCCCUUUGUGAACUUUAUAUAUCCAGACCUUAAUCAGCAGGAGGAAGAACUGCCGACAUCUUCAAAUCCGGCCACGCCGGCACUUUCGGAUCCAGUUUCGGCAACUCGCAUAUUUUGCGGAGCUCUGCUGCUGCCAACAAUUUCAUGCAUUGUGGGUCGCAUAUUGUUCGAUUCCGUGGAGAACACACUGCAUCGCACACUACUCGGCGGUUUAACCUUCAUCACUGUGAAGGGCAUGUUGAAAAUCUAUUUAAAACAGAAGCAAUACGCGCGUCGCAAGAAACGUCGUAUUGUCGACUAUACGGAGGAGAACAUACGCAAUUUUAUGCAUCGCAACAAUAACAACGCUGGUGCCGCUGGUAUUGGUGGGGCUCGUCAUAUCCUGCAGCAGCAGCAGCAACAACAGCAGCAGCAGCCACAGCAACAGCCAGUGCUGGCGAUGCCCCGCCUGGUUGCUGCUGCGGCGGCUGCUCGGGACCGUGCUGCUCGAGACCGCGAGCGGGAAAGGGAGCAUGAGGUCAAUGGUGUGGACAGCGUUGUUUAGAUGCAAAUGGACACUCAAUUGAAAUUCAAUUGAUAUAUAGCUAUAUACUUAUUGUUCAACUAGUUCAGUUUUGGUUUAAGUUCAUUUUGUUAACCACUCAAAAACACGGGGCACAGGUCACCAACAACUCAGAAAAUCAAAAACAAAAAAAAAAAAACAAAAAAAAUGCACCUGCGUACAUGCGAGCCAAAUUCAAUGUUAAAUCUUGCGAGAUGAAGCCCUUCAGGAAGGAACGAUUAAGUCAGCCGCAUAUUGGUUGGUCAAAUUUUAUGUUAUCAAUAAAAUAUGAGAGAAAUCAAA